ACUUGUUAGAGCAACAUGCCCUUUCAAAAAAAUAAUUUGCUUUGCAUAGUUUUACAGAAAAGUAUUAAAAAAAAAAAGUGGGUGUGCCUCAUGAGUCAGAACCCGUAUAAAUAUCAUCGCAGGGAGAACACAUCUAAACUGAUUCAGAUCUGCAACAAGAGUUACAAGAAGAACCAGAAUGGCUUCCUCUACAAAGACCUCUGGCCAAGAGUUCAGGAUUAUACUGGUUGGAAAAACUGGAACUGGGAAAAGUGCAUCUGGAAACACAAUACUGGGAAAGUUUGAAGAGGAAGCUCUCUUUGAAUCGGAUGUAUGCAGCACUUCAAUAACUCAGAUGUGUGCCAAAGGAAAAACAAUCAUUGAUGGGAGCAGAGUUAUUGUUAUUGAUACACCAGGCCUGUAUGAUACUGAACUUACAAAUGAAGAAGUUACUCGUGAGAUUGUGAAAUGUCUGUGCCUAUCUUCACCAGGGCCACAUGUAUUUCUCAUUGUAUUGCAAUUGGGAAGAUUCACCAAGGAGGAGCAGAACACAGUUGAAAUUAUUAAAAGAAUAUUUGGUGAGAAAGCGACAGGUUACUCCAUGAUUCUUUUUACCAAUGCUGACAACCUCAAAGGAAGAACACUUGAAGAAUAUAUAGAAAAAGGAAGCAGCGCAUUAAAGAAGUUAGUCCAUGACUGUGGGAACAGAUACCACUGCUUCAAUAAUAACCUGAGAGAUGAUACUACUCAAGUUACAGAACUCUUUGAAAAAAUUCGAAGAAUAGUAGCAGAAAAUGGGUACAGUUUUUAUACCAAUGAACUCUAUCAAGAAGCUGAAGCAGCUAUUAAGCAGGAGCAGCAAAAAAUACUGAAAGAAAAAGAAAAAGAAAUAAUGGCUAAAGAAGAGGAGCUGAAGAUGAAGUAUCAUAAUGAAGAAGCUGAGAAGUGGAAGAAGAUGCUGCAAGAACUGGUAGAGACAAAAGCACGAGAAGAAGCAGAGAUGAACAAUACAUUUAUAAGCACUUUAACUAAAACUGGUGCUGCUAUUGUAGGAGAAACAGAAGUAUUGGUGGGAUCAGCAUUUGGACCAGUACUAAUUGGGGCAACAAUUGGAGCACUUGCAGGACCAGUAGGACUGGUGGUGGGAGGAGCAGCUGGUGGACUUGCAGGAGCAGCACUCACUUUAGGAUCUGCCGUGGCAGAAACAGAAGAUAAAUGUUGUAUUCAGUAAUUCAGUUUAUGCAAUCUGAAAACUUAAUUAUUAGAAGGAAGAUUUUAAGAAUAAUUACUUAUUGUGAACACAAAGUCCCUUGUAUUCAAGAAGUUUUAAAUGUUUCAAUUUUAACUUUACAUCUGGCAUAUUUUAUUGAAAAAAAUCUUAUUUUGCAAUUUUACCUUUUGGAUUGAACAAUGUAUAUAUCAACAAUAUAUUGAAACUUAAUUAAGGUGUUAAGAGCAUAGCUGUUACACGCUUGAACACAAUUUUGAAAUAUCUAGGUGCUGUUUCCAUGCAAAUAUUCAAUUAUAUAUGUGAAAUAACAUUUUAAAAAACAUCACUUAAGAAUUAAAAUAGAGAUAUUUAAUGCAUUAAGAUUAGAUUUAAUACUCACAAUGUAUAUUAUAUCUGCUUCCUAUGGCACCAUUUUUUAAGGCAGACAUUCUAAACUAAACUAUUAGAAUUGUGGAGCAUGUCUUCAUUUUUCUUCAUAUUGUAGUCUUAGAGUGUUGUACUUUUAGUUAAGUUGCUAACUAACAAAUAAAGCCAUCAAUCAAUUUUUUCUGAA